CAUCGUCGGCGCUAUUCUGCUCAGGCGGUGUCGGGGCAGCUCUCUCCGCUGUUUCCCGCGCUGCUUUCUGUCACAGGGCGGCCAUGAGCUGGUUAAUGUUUACUCUGACCUCCAGCCGCCGAUGGCCGAGUGUGUUCACUAAACUAGCCCGCUGUUCUCUGUCUGCGGAGAGCCGUACAGGGAGAAUGGCCUCAGACUGGCUCUCUCCAGCCGAGCGUGAGCAGGUUCUGCUGGAGCUGAAGGCCACUGGAUGGGUGGAGCUGGACGAGCGGGACGCGAUUUACAAGGAGCUGCACUUCAAAACAUUCAACCAGGCCUUCGGGUUCAUGAGUCGCGUGGCUCUUCAGGCUGAGAAGAUGAGCCAUCACCCCGAGUGGUUCAACGUUUAUAAUAAGGUCCAGAUCACGUUAUCCACACACGACUGCGGAGGACUGUCGAAGAAGGACAUCCGGCUGGCCAAAUUCAUCGAUAAGGUGGCUCUGUCCCUGUAGACGCUUAUCUACAACAUAUUACACAUGCUUUAUGUAUUCCCAAAAGAGGAGAGCUUAAUUCACACCGUUGUGCUUUAACAUAAUUUUAACAUCUGUUAAAAGCAUAUUAAAAAGAGUGUCGAUUAAUUUCAUACUCGUUUAAUAUCUGGCCAUUUGUUUAGGUGCAUUUUUACACAUGAAAAAUGUGCAUUUCUUUUCUUUAUAAAGUAGGAUAAACAGGAGAGUGAUGAUUAAUUCUCUACAGUAGUGUCGUCAUUAUCCACUUCUCUUCAUUAUCUGUGUGACAUCAUCAAUCAUGAGAUGAGUUCAUCUCUACAGAAGAGUGUUUAUUCAGACCCAGAGUCAGUGCAGUCGAUCAAUAAUCUGCUGAAUAUUGUUAUUAAUAAAACACUGGUUCCCUAUCAGAGCUCUACACACACGUCUAGUUCACACACACAUUAGGGGGUUCGCAGAAUUAUGCUUUUUACAUAUACUCACAUUCGUGUGUGUUUAUGUAAAAUAGGUUAUUAGAAUAAUUAUAUAUUAUACAUGCAAAAAUAAGUAUUAGUAAUAAAUGUCUGAUGAACACACACACAAUCCUCAUGAUUUACAUAUUCAUCAAUCCUGUGAUCAUGUGGUUCACAUCACUCUUGUGACCGCAUUUGGAAUUAAUAAAUAUAUAUUUUAAAAGAUUUCAAGAUUUUUUUCUCGUUAGACAUUUUGGCAAAUGUACUGAGCAUUAUGGAUAAUCAAGUUCAUGAUUAAAUAUGUUAAUUAAGUGCAAUUUAACAGUUUACUUCUCAAUUAAAGUGUAACUAUAAAAUGUUA